AUGGGCCCAGCGAGGAGCGAUAGUCCCUACAUAAACCAAGCGACAGGUCAGAACACUUUUCGCAUCCAAGACAUCCCCAUAGAUAUCCUCCGCAAAACGAUUCUCACGUCGAGACCCAAACCAAAACCUACCUCUAUCUCCAAGUCCAAAUCAAAACCGCAACGCAAGCGUUAUGCAGCACGACCUUCAAAAAUCACACGUCCGGAUACCUCUGCACAGGGCCAGCCGGCCGAAGUGUCCUCCCCCGCACCCCGCCGCCUGUCCAUGCUCGAAGUCCUCCCGGUUGAAGUCAUCGAACAGAUCUUCCUACACUCGUUGAACGUGAACCUCCCACGUGCAUCACAUGCCUUGGCCGCAGCACUCUCCAGCGAACGGAUUUACCGGCUCCUCAUCCUCCUGGCCUUCUGGGAAGAUCCCGUUAUCUUCCAACAGUACCCCGCAAAUCACCCAGGCUCCUCAAAAAAUGGCAGCCCCGCCAUCAGAGACAUUUUCAAACCAGUGGAAUAUGUCAGGCUUAACAUGGGCGAGCGCUCAAUGCUUCAAGCCCUCGUAUUCUCCUGCAAGUGGUGUACCAUGGACCGUAUCCUCAAGCAGGUCCCCACAAUGCUCAACCUGACCAUCCAACGACAAUGGCUCGACGAAGGCGUACAAAUGGAACCCGGCGAGCGGGCCGAGUUGGAUCGAUUCAUGCAGCGCAAGCAAGAUACCAAGCUGUCAUUUAGCGGCAGCGGACCACUUACUACCCAAUUCGCCGAACAGAUGUGUGUAUCCUGGGAAGAGGUCAUGCAAAUGUCCAGAGCCACAAAUCGUGGCGCACACCACUACAAGCUAGACAUCACCCCCAUGGCCGAUGUACAGAUCACUCAUACCAAGGGCAAAAUAGUCCUUAACUGGCCUGCACUCAACCUAUGCUACCCCCCGAAGAAAAUGCUCCGCGGUCGCAAAUCAGGCUUCACACCGGAAGAUGUCGCCUUCCUUGAGAUGUUGCGAAUCACUUCCAGCAAUUACAAGCGUGUAAACGCCAUAAGUACCCCUUGCACAACUUCGAUGGUGGACCGAACCGCCCUGCAUGAGGGUGUAACAAAGGCUAUCGAGACACAAAACUACAAUGCGCUUAUCUCUUUGCUCAAAUUGGACGAGUACGUUUUCCGUUGGAGGGUGGCGAAUCAGGGCGAACCUGUUUUCUACACCAUUCCCUCUAAGCAUUUUGAGCAGGUCACCCGCGUGGGACGGGAUAAGCCUCAUCUCCAGCAGGCUUUCUUUGAGGCGCUUCUCCGUGCAAGCGCCGAGUCUGUCCCUCAUAAAUCCGCGGCUAUCACGCAGUGGAUUGUGGAUAAUAAUCAGCGUGCGCUAAAAAAGCCAGAUAUCUACAACUUGCUCACUGCUCGGUUUUGUAAAUGGUUGUCGAACUUCAUGCUGAAUCUUCCAGAGCAAAUUGAAUAUGCAAGGGAGAAUCCGACUAAUCAGCUGUUUACUUGUGGACAGCUGAAGGUUCACGACUUGGAAGGCGAUCGUUUCUUCGAGGAGGUGCUUGAACCGUCGCAUCGGGCUGCGUUGGGUAACUGGCAGGAGGAAUCCUCGUUCCGUCUUGAGGAUCAUUGGUUAGUGAGGGCUGGCCCCGAGCUACCACCUGGCUUCCGCAGGUCUUGA